GCGGGCGGGCGGGCAGGAGGAUCGCCUCAGCCGAGAGCUCCGUAGAGGGACCCGGGGUGCUUUUCUGGAGGCGCUUCUCGAGCGUCGGGAACGGUGGUCGGGUGCUGUGAGAAGCAAAGGAUGGGUCGGUGUCUGGCCCUGAGGCGCUUCCAGUCAGGAGCAAGAACAGCCGAGAGCAGGAACAUCACCACAGUACUAGGUGGCCAAAGCCACCCACCUGGUCCACCUGUGUGCCAAGAUGACUCUUUUCCACUUCGGGAAUUGUUUUGCCCUGGCCUAUUUCCCCUAUUUUAUCACCUAUAAAUGCAGCGGCUUGUCAGAAUAUAAUGCCUUCUGGCGAUGUGUGCAAGCAGGAGCCACCUACCUCUUUGUCCAGCUAUGCAAGAUGCUGUUUUUAGCUACGUUCUUUCCAACUUGGGAGGGUGGUGCAGGAGCUUAUGAUUUUGUUGGAGAAUUCAUGAAAGCUACUGUAGACUUGGCUGAUUUGGUGGGUCUACACCUGGUGAUGUCCCGGAACGCAGGAAAAGGGGAAUAUAAGAUCAUGGUAGCUGCGUUGGGCUGGGCCACGGCAGAACUCAUCAUGUCUCGAUGCAUCCCACUGUGGGUGGGAGCUCGUGGCAUUGAGUUUGAUUGGAAAUACAUUCAGAUGAGUAUUGAUUCCAACAUCAGCCUGGUUCACUACAUUGCUACCGCUGCUCUGGUGUGGAUGUUCACCCGCUAUGAUUUACCCAAACAUUACCGACUGCCUCUUACUUUUCUCCUGGGUGUCAGUGUCUACAAGGCCUUCUUCAUGGAAUCGUUUGUGCACGUCUUUCUCCUGGGUAGCUGGACUGCACUGCUGGUGAAAGCAGUGAUCACUGGCCUCCUUUCCUUCAGCUCCUUGGCUCUCUUCGUCACCCUGGUACACAGUAACUGAAGCUCCGCCACUUGUUAUUCCAGCUUGGGAGACCUCGUCUUUGUACAUCUUAAGAUCACUCAGCUAUGGAUUCUGUUUGCAAACGUGUGCAGGCCUUUGCACUGCCUCCCAGCUGCGAGAUCGGUUCCAGUUAACGAUCCCUGUGGCAUUCCAAGAAUGAUGCUAAUUUUAAAAAGUAUUAUUUAUACUUUGCCCAAUUUGAAUUCAUUUGGCUGUUCUCUAUAUGUGUUUAUUACAUUAUGAUGGUGUUUAUGCAAUCCACUAAGCCAACAAGACCGAUAGCACUAAACCAACACGUAUACACAGUAAUUUCAUAUUCCUGUCAUGUUCAAUCUUAGUUGUAUUGUGUCGGCAUCCAUAGCCAGCCAGAAUAACGUCAAAAUGACAACACGUCAUAAGAUCAUCAUACACAAGGUAACGCUUAUUAUUGUAGCAUUGGAUGCAAGCACAUCCAUCGUAUUAUAGGCUCCAUCAUUUGCAUCGUGAUGUACCCCUGGUACUCUUCUCUCAUAGAAAUUGCUGCUAUAUUAUCUAAUCUACAACUGGAUGGGGUUUGGAGAAACUCAAAGCUAAAGCCACAAUGAAUUGGAGUAAUAAUGUUUGCAUUACAUUUGAAGCAGAGGUUAUUUAGGCUUUGGUUUGCAGUUAAAGCAGUAUGUAGCUGGGGAUAAAAUGGCACAAUUAAAAUUGGGGUUUUCAUGAUUUGGCCUGUCAUGGGGAUAACAAUAAUAAAGGUGGUCUUGAUUUUUCUUCAUGA